UUUAUUGAUAUGGAUUAUGGAUGUGCCAUGCGGACGUGCAGCAUUCGGCAUUGUAGACACAACACUCUAGUCUGUAUCGACCUGUAGCUACUAGCUUUUUAUUAAAUUAAAAAAUCUUUCACUGUCUGCUUGGUAAUCAAUGUGAUUCUUGUAAAUAGAAGUAAAUUCAUCAAUAUUGUCAAGAUGGGGAAAGUUCACCAACGCCGAAUAGUUAAUGAAUCUAAAAAUAAAUUAGCAGCUAAAAUAUCAGAAGCAGCAAAUGUAUUGUUACCUGAAAAUUCUGGUUAUAUCAUUGCUGAACCCGGAGAGAAAACAACAAAAAUCUCACAAACACAGCUAUCAAAUUCAGUUGAUGUGACUAGUGCUAAGAAACAUUUUGAUUUAAAACUUGAUUUUGGUCCGUACGAUAUUGACUAUUCAUUAAAUGGUCGUCAGUUAUUAAUUGGUGGACGAAAAGGCCAUGUUGCUGCUAUGGACUGGAUUACAAAACAUUUGAUGUGUGAAAUAAAUGUUAUGGAAGAAGUGUAUGACGUUAAAUGGCUUCACAAUGAAAAUCUUUUUUCGGUUGCACAAAAAAAGUGGGUUUAUAUGUACGACAAUCAGGGCGUGGAAGUACAUUGCUUAAAGAACUUAAACAAUGUUUUACAUCAGGAAUUUCUACCGUAUCAUUUUCUUUUAAGUACUGCUAGCGAAGAAGGAUUUUUAUCUUGGUUAGAUGUGUCAAUGGGAAAAUUAGUAACACAAUUUAAUGCCAAAAUGGGUCGAUUGAGCCUCAUGACUCAAAAUUCAAAUAAUGCAUUGAUCUGUUUAGGACAUACAAAAGGUGUUGUAUCAAUGUGGAGUCCUAAUCUUCGGGAACCUGUUGCUAAAAUACUUUGUCAUGGAAAUAUGAUUACAUCACUUGCUAUAAAUUCUAAUGGAAUGUACAUGGCCACAUCUGGUAUGGAUAGGAGUAUUAAAGUUUGGGAUAUACGUAGAUUAAAAGGACCAUUACAAGAUUACAAAGUUAGGACUAGCCCAAGAAGUAUGGUAUUCAGUCAAACUGGAUGUUUAGCUGUAGCUAUCAAUAAUGUUGUUGAUGUGUAUGAAGAAUGUUGUACAAAAACUAUACAGCAUGCUUAUCUCAGGCAUAAUAUCGCCAGAACAAUAAACAAUUUAGCCUUUUGUCCAUUUGAAGAUGUCCUUGGAGCUGGACACGACGGUGGUUUUUCUAGCUUACUAAUACCAGGAUCUGGUGAACCAAACUUUGAUGCUUUGGAGAGAAAUCCAUUCCAAACAAAGAAACAGCGUAAAGAAGCUGAAGUGAAAAUGCUUUUAGAAAAGAUCCCAGCUGAAAUGAUUACAUUAGAAUCGACCGUGGAUGAAGUUGAUAUAAAUACGUUCCAGACAAAAUUAACGGCUAGAAAUUCACUUCAAACUGUAAAACCAUUGAAAAUAAAUAUCAAAGUAAGGAAUAAAAUCAAGAAAAAAACCCUGGCUAACCCUUCAAAAAUAAAAGAAAAAAUAUUAGAAGAAAAAACAAAGGAAUUUGUUAGAGCACUAAAUGCACGGCCAAAAGAUGAGAUUGAUGAAGGAAAAUCAACACGUUUUGGUGUACUUGAUAGGUUUAAAAAUAAAAGAAAUAAAAAGGAAUAAUUUUAGUCUUAACUAUUCUUUCUUUUAAUUGUUUGUAAACAUUUGUUAAACCACACAUUUUUACAUUAAUUUUUAAUGAAGGAUAUGCUCAUGAAUUUUUAAACAGUGUUGUUAUGUGUAAUUUAUCAAAAAUAAAAUAUAUUUCAUUUAAAAACAAUAAUGAAAUAUUGAAAUUCAUAUAUUAUCAUGAUGUCUGUAUUGUCAUUUCAACUUCUCAAUAAGAAAACUGUAGAAUAUUUGUAUAAUUUAUUUAAUAUGUCACUUAAAUUGAAACGAAAAUAACACAAUAAUAUUACUAUUUAUGACAAAAUAUUACUAUUUAUUUGUGUAGGUACUUUUAAUGUAUUUAUUUUAUAUUGUGGAUGCCAGUGUACACUGGUAUUUACACUUGGUAAAUAAAUGUAUGUGUAUAAGACACCUUUGUAGUAAAAUACCUAA